GCUCCAUACAAAAACGCCUAGCUAAUAAGGGUAUGGCCCUGAGAACAAUGCAAAACCCGGCCGGCCUGAGAGCCGGAGCGAGGCGCUGCCCGCCAAAACCCACCAUUUGGACGCACGCCGUGCGGCGCGACCUAUUCCCGUUGUUGUCACCUCGGCGAAUUCGUCCACGUAUCAACGGCGGGCAAUCGCCAUGGCCCAUGCCAACAACUGAGCAACAACCACCGGUGCAGCUGCACUGCUAACAGAGACCCGGCCCUUCUUCCGUAAUCGCCGUUCACUGCCUGCGCCACUGGGGCACCCAUGGCGCCGCCGUCGUCCUUGCUGCGCGACCUGCUCAGCGUCGAUGGAUUCAAGAAAAACCGCAAGCAGCCGGACAACAACCCCUCGGCCGCGCCGCGGACCACGAGCAUGCCCCUCCAGCACCGGCGCCCCACCAAGCCCGCGCGGUCCCAGUCCGACGUCCAGCACCAGCAGGCCCGCGGCCGCCUCAACCUCGACACCAACGGGGACGCCGCCGGCGAGGAGCCGACCCCGCGACGGAAGUCGUCGGCGUCGCUGAGGACCGCGACGAGCUACAAAAUCAAGGACGGCGGCAGCGGCCCCGGCGCGAUACCGGCCCUCGACGAGUCCGCGCUCAGCGCGCUCAUCUCCCUGGCCGCGGGCACGGUGAAACAGUUCGCCAAGGACGAGGCCUUCCGCGCGUUUCUGCGGAGCGGCUGCACGUCGUGCGUCGGCGAGUCCGACCACCGCGCCGUGCUGGACCUCCGCGUGACCGUGCAGACCGUGGAGAGGGCCGCCGCGGUCGGGGAGGCCCUGCUCGACCCGCGCGAGCUGAAGCGCGCCUCCCUCCGGCUGCACUCCCUGGCGUCCCUCGACGCGGACGAGGCGCUCGCGGUGACCGCGUCGGGGGUGCCGCACGAGCGCCUCGCCGCGUGCGCGCACCUCUACAUGUCCGUCGUCUCCAAGCUGCAGAAGAAGGACCACUCCUCCGCCGUACACGCCCUGGAGGCCUUCUGCCUCGCGCCGCGCGAGGCACGGACAGUCCUUCUCCCCGCGCUGUGGGACAGGCUCUUCCGCCCGGGCCUCUCGCACCUCAAGGCAUGGCGCGACAGGGAGUCGGCGGCGGCGAGAUCGAAGCCGGACGCGAGGGUGAAGGACGUCGUGGAGAAGCUGUUCGUCGACGCGCUGGACGAGGGCACGCGCGCGCUCGCGUGCUACUACAGGGACUGGCUGCUGGGGCGCACCGAGGCAAUGGCCCUCCCGUCCGUUCCCGCGCCUCCGAGCACGGCUCCUCCCGCCACCGCGCCGAGCACCGCCCCUGCCAGCGCGACGAGGUUCUCGACGUCGACGACGUACGACAUCGGCUCGGACGUCGCGUACAGCUCCGGUACCCCGAGUCCUGCCAUGUUUGUGAUCGAGGAGACGCCGCGGCAACCUGAGCGGGUGCUGGAGGAAGGCAGGGCUGCAGACGCCGACAGCUCAGGGAGCGUGUUCCACGAGUGUGACGACGGCGAGGUGAGGAGCUGCAGUCCCACACCACGGGGAGAAUCAAGCGAGCCCAUGCCUCCUAAUAUGCUGGCCAACGAGGCAUUUGAACCACGGAUCGAAGAUGAACGGGGCAAGGGAGCAGAGGAGUCAACGAGCUACCUGCCGGCUCGCGACAUGUCAGCCAUUGACCUCCUCACACUCGAGUUCUGUGAAGGGCCGCUCCAGAUCAGUGGCAGUGUCACCGACGGCGGCCAAGUCCAAGCCACCAUUUUCUCCACCACCCCGAGCGACUUCCUCUGCCCACUGACGCGGCAGAUCUUCAACCGCCCGGUGACGAUCGAGACAGGCCAGACGUUCGAGCGGCACGCCAUCGUGCACUGGUUCGACAGAGGCCUGCGGACGUGCCCCGUCACGGGGCAGGAGCUGGAGGCCCUGUCGGUCCCGGACACUAACCGCGUGCUCACGCGCCUGAUCGACGCCUGGAAGGAGGAGCACUGCCGGAACCUGCGGGCCGCCGACGGCAGGGCGCCGGAGGAGAAGCUGAACGUGGCCGUCGUCGACAGGGUGCUCCAUUCGGGGCUCAGCGUGUCGGAGCAGACGGAGAGGGCGCGGCACCUCAUGGCGAUCGGCGGCGUCGACUUCCACCUCCACAGGCUUCGGGACGGGAAGGAGGAGGAGCAGAGGGCGCGCGCCGCCGAGCACCUGCUGCUGUGCAUCAGGGCGGAGGGUUCAUGCAGAAACUACGUGGCUGUGAGGGUUCAUGGAGAGAGCGUGGUCCGGCUUCUGCAGAGCGAGGUGGUCUCGGCGAGGAGCGCCGCGGUGCGUCUGCUCGUUGAGCUGCUCCGGCUGAGAAGGAGGGGAAUGGUGGAAAUGUUCAUACGUGGAUUGUGCACGGCGUUGGUCACCGAGACGAUGGACGUGCUACUCCAGCGUCUUCGAAGCUCGCCGGUCGAAGAGCGAGCUCUCGUUGCUGUUCUGCUGUUAUACUUCGAUCGCACACUGUCACUGGACGAGCCUGACAGAAGAAACAGCAGCGUAUACAGAGAAGAGGCAGUCAGGAUCCUCACAGAGUCUCUGAGACGCUGCCUGAUCGACGAAAACGUGGUGCCCAACACCCGGAAAGCUCUGCUGAUGCUGGGAGGGCAUUUCUCCUUCUCAGGCGACCUCCUCGCCGAGGACCGGAUGCUGGAGCAGGCCGGCUUCGCCGACGACACACCUUCCUCCACACCCGUCACUUCCGACGCAACAGUGCAGGAGACGGAGGCGGCCGAGACCGAGGCGUGGCAGGAGCACGUGACGGCGGUGCUCCUCGGCAGCGGGAGGAGGCCGUUCCUGGCGGCGCUGUCCGGGUGCCUGGCCUCGCCCGACGCCGGCCUGGUGGCGGCGUGCCUGACGACGGCGGGGUGGCUGAGCCGCUCCCUGGCGUCGACGCGGCUCCGGGACACGCACACGGACAUGCAGCUCGCCGCGUUCUCGGCUCUGGUCCCGCGGCUGAAGCGGUGCCUGGCCGGCGGCGCCGCCCACCUGCAGCCCCGGCACAGGGUGCUCGCCGCCGUCACGCUGCACAACUUCAGCAAAAUCCCAGACUGCAGGGUGCUGCUGAUGCUGCUGGCGGACGGGCUGCGGGGUCACCUGGCCGACCUCGCGGAGCUGACCCGGACGGCCGGUCAACUGUACGCCGAGCUCCACGAGUGACGACGACGACCUCGGGCCCGCACGCGAGUCGCCGGGGCCGGCCGGCCUCUCGUGCUCUCCGCGCGGAAGAUUCAGCGGAGAAAAGUAUGCGCGGGAGGCGCUGCUGUUCUUUGACUGUUUCAGGCCAGGGCGCACACGGAUAUGCACGCAUGCCUGCUGGAAAUGAAAUUGUUCUCGACUCUUUUAGUAGCAGCUUCGUCGUCGACAGCGACGAGGGCUUAAAGGCUAAGAUCCAACUGUGCAGUGUGAUUUCUUGAAGCUUGUACAGAACACUGAGUAUGUACGAUGAGGCGCCGGCCGGCUGUAAAUACGCAAGUUGAUGCUUUAGACAGAGACACAUUUGUGCAAGUUGCUUGUGCUUUUUCCAGGCCAUGUGCUGCUUGUAUAUGAAAUGAAAUAUCAUCGGUCUUUGAAUUGAUUAUUUCCACUUGGAAAA